AGGAAGGGCGGAAGGAACCGCCGGGGGCCAUGGACGGGGCCGUGAUGGAAGGGCCGCUGUUUUUGCAGAGCCAGCGUUUCGGUACCAAGAGGUGGAGGAAGACCUGGGCGGUGCUCUACCCGGCCAGCCCCCACGGUGUCGCGCGGCUCGAGUUCUUUGACCACAAGGGGUCGAGCUCUGGAGGGGGCCGAGGGAGCUCUCGCCGCCUGGACUGCAAGGUGAUCCGUCUGGCUGAGUGUGUGAGCGUGACCCCCGUGGCCGUGGAGAGCCCCCCUGAGCCUGGCGCCGCAGCUUUCCGCCUGGACACCGCACAGCGUUCCCACCUGCUGGCGGCCGACGCGCCGUCCAGCGCCGCCUGGGUGCAAACGCUGUGCCGAAACGCCUUUCCGAAAGGCAGCUGGGCCCUGGCGCCUGCCGAGAACCCACCCAAGCUUUCUGCCCUGGAGAUGCUGGAGAAUUCACUGUAUAGCCCCGCCUGGGAAGGAUCCCAGUUCUGGGUAACCGUGCAAAGGACUGAAGCCUCUGAGCGUUGUGGCCUGCAUGGCUCCUAUAUGCUGAGAGUGGAGGCUGAGAGGCUGACUCUCCUGGGUGUCAGGGCCCAGAGUCAGAUACAGGAGCCACUCCUUUCCUGGCCUUACACUCUGUUGCGUCGCUAUGGGCGAGACAAGGUCAUGUUCUCUUUUGAGGCUGGCCGCCGCUGCCCCUCUGGCCCUGGAACCUUCACCUUCCAAACGGCACAGGGAAAUGACAUCUUUCAGGCAGUUGAGACUGCUAUCCACCGACAGAAGGCCCAGGGAAAGGCCAGCCAGGGGCAGGAUGUUCUCAGAGCUGAUUCCCAUGAAGGAGAAGUGGCAGAAGGGAAGUUGGCUCCCCACCGGGGCCCCCAGGAGCUCGCAGGCAGUGCUCCAGCCCUGUAUGCUGAACCCUUAGACUCCCUGCGCAUUCUUCCAGGCCCUUCCCAAGAUUCCGUAUACUCAGACCCCCUGGACAGCACCCCUGCUCAGGCAGGGGAGGGGUUAAAGAAACCUCUCUACUGGGACUUGUGUGAGCAUGUGCAGCAGCAGCUGAUAAAGGCCAAGCUGACAGACCCCAAAGAAGACCCCAUCUAUGAUGAACCUGAGGGCCUGGCCCCAGCUGCUCUCCGGGGCCUUUAUGAUCUGCCUCAGGAGCCCAAGGAUGCAUGGUGGUGCCAGGCUCGGGUGAAGGAGGAGGGCUAUGAGCUCCCCUACAACCCUGCUACUGAUGACUACGCCGUGCCACCCCCGCGGAGCACAAAGCCCUUCCCAGCUCCCAAGCCCCAGGGCCUGGCCUUCUCUGAAUCCGGUGCUGCAGCUGGCAGUGGCAGCAAAGGCCAUAGCUUAGACGCUGCCCUGUAUAGCCAGGUCCAGAAGAGUGGGGCCUCAGGUAGCCGGGACUGUGGGCUCUCUGGAGCAGGGACUGACAGGACUGGGGCCAAGUCAGAGGGCUCCACAUGAGAAGAAGGGCAAGGCUGGGGUUGCUGAUAGGAGGACCAUGGGGAGGUGGCACUGGGGAUCAAAGAAACCUGUUAGAACCAGCAGGAACCAGAGGGGUCUGUGUGUAGAGACCAGGGUACAAGGGGAGUCAAGGGAAGGAUGAUCUGUCCCAAGAAGUCAUGGAAGUGGGACAGUUGGCAGGGGCUCAGGGAUUGGAUCUGGGGGAGGCCAGCACCUCUAAGUCAUCCCCACCAAAGGAAGGGAUAGCUGCUGGAGCAGUAUUAUACAAAGGGGUGUUUGGUCAGAGUAGGUACAGUUUGAGCGGCCUGUAUGGAGGCUAUAGGGAGACACUGGGCUGUGUCUUGAUCCUUCCCCCUGCAUUGUUCUUUGCCAGAGAGAUAUAUUUUUUUAAAGUUUUAUCCUCAUUAAAGUCAGUUUGGGUUUAAGA